UGCAACCGGGGCACGUGCAUUCCGGUCACCCCACCCCGGGAGCGCGCGCAAGGCACACCCAGCCCCCGCCCGCCAGCCUGUCUGGACGCCCGCGGCUGCUUUACUCGCGCAGUGCCAGUUCCUCCCCCCCCCCGCCGGUCAGCUUAGGGCUUUGGUGCUGGCGGGGUGCGGCAGCUCCAUCCCUCCUCAGUCUUGCCCUGCCCUGGCCUGCCCCGGCGCCCUCCCUCAGCACGGGUAUCAGGCGAGAGGCGGAGCUGGCCCGGCGCGCCCCGCCCCCGCUGUAGAAAGGGCCGGGCAAGUGUUACUCGCGGUCAUCCCGGCUCAGGCCUUUUAUCUGGGUGCUGCCGGGGAGAGGCGGGAGGAGGAGACACCGGGGGUGGCCCUGGGCGCCGGCGACACCUUUCCUGGACUAUAAAUUGAGCACCUGGGAUGGGUAAGGGGCCAACGCAGCCACCGCCGCCCGCAGACACAGUCCGGCCACAGACCGCAACAGCGCCCUUGGGCAGCAACCGCUGGCAGUGGAAACACUGAACUACCAAGGAACAGAAAUCUCAAGACGCAAGAGUAGGCCAGGGCUCAACCCACCGACCGCCCUCCGUCAUCACGACCUUCCGGACGCCAAAGCCUGGAGAAGCUGCGCAUCCCGGAGGGCCAGGCUGCGAGUGAGACGAGAGUUGGAGAGGGCGGAGGAGGAACCGGGAAUUCCACCGCACCGUAUAGCCAGGCCUCGGACGCAGGCCUCGGAGAGCGCGUGAAGGCGGCACCCUUCGUCCCAGCCAACCAUCCCUGUGCGUCUACGUCCCCGCGCUCGGCGGCCACCAUGAUGCAAAUCUGCGAUACCUACAACCAGAAGCACUCGCUCUUUAACGCCAUGAAUCGCUUCAUUGGCGCGGUGAACAACAUGGACCAGACGGUGAUGGUGCCCAGCUUGCUGCGCGAUGUGCCCCUGGCUGAGCCCGGUUUAGACAACCACGUCGCUGUGGAGGAGGUAGGCGGCAGUGGAGGCUGCUUAGAGGAGCGCACGCCCCCAGCCCCCAGCCAGGGCAGCGCCAAUGGCAGCUUUUUCGCGCCUUCUCGGGACAUGUAUAGCCACUACAUGCUGCUCAAGUCCAUCCGCAAUGAUAUCGAGUGGGGAGUCCUGCACCAGCCGCCGCCACCGGGGGGGAGCGAGGAGGGCAGCGCCUGGAAGUCCAAGGACAUCCUGGUGGACCUGAGCCACUUGGAGGGUGCGGACACCGGCGAGGAAGACCUGGAGCAGCAAUUCCACUACCACCUGCGCGGGCUGCACACUGUGCUCUCCAAACUCACGCGCAAAGCCAACAUCCUCACCAACAGAUAUAAGCAGGAGAUUGGCUUCGGCAACUGGGGCCACUGAGGCGGGGCGCCCUUGGCUGCCCAGCACCCUCUCUCGGGCCCCAUUCUCACCCUCUCUUUCUUCAAAGCUGUUUUCUUCCUAGCUGUGGGGCUUGAAGGGCAGACUGCAAAGUUGGGGGGCUGCGUAUGUGGAGGAGGGGGCCUCAUUAGUGAGUGAAUAGGAAAGUGGUGGUGGGAGAGAGGGGCUCAAGUACUCCCCCGGGGGGCUGCGUUCUAUGUUAGUGGGAAUGAGACUGGGCUGACGCUCCGUAUUUCAGCCUGUGCCUUUCCUAGGGUUUCUUUCCUGUUCUUUCCGGAGAAGGGCCUGAGAAGGGGUUAUGCCAGGGCGCGGCGCUGGGUUGCCACACUUGGGAGAGCCGCCUGGAGCUGGGUGGUGGAGAAGGCGAGGCGCACACCCUCCCACCGCCCAGUCGUUGGGCCGGUGGAGGCCGAGGCGUUGCUAGGAUUGCAUCAGUUUUCCUGUUUGCACUGUUUUUUUUUUGUAACUGUGGCCCUGUCUUAAGUAUUUCAAAUCUCCUUGCUCUGAAACUUCGGCGAUUCCAUUGUGAUAAGCGCACAACAGCACUGUCUGUCGUAACCGGUACUACUUUAUUAAUGAUUUUCUGUUACACUGUACAGUAGUCCUGUGGCACCCCCACCCCAUCCCUUCCACACCAUCCCUGACCCCACCCCCACCCCAGUGUUUGUAAACUGGCAGUGCGCCAGCUUCGACGAAGCUUGCCACUCAGCCAGUGAAAAUAAUGACAUUAUCUUGAGAAAGUGGACUUUAUCCGAAAUGGAACCAACUGACAUUCUAUCCGUGUUGGACAUAGAAUGAUGAAGGGUUCCACUGUUGUUAUAUGUCUUAAAUUUAUUUAAAACUUUUUUAAUCCAGAUGUAGACUUUAUUCUAAAAAAUAAAAAGCAGAUGUGUUAACUAAA